ACCCGUUGGCAAACCAGGCCUCGAGCUGAGCAAGGAAAAGGAAAGGCCAUCCCUUGUUACCGCCGGGUUGGUUUGCGAGAGUUCAAGGGAGGUAAGCAACAGCUCCUCAUCCUCCUCUUUCCUAUGCAAUCCUUCGAGGCCUUUCCUAUCUUGAUCCGUGCCACAUUCAGUUGCUAAUACUGCCAGGCAAUCAAAGCCCAAGCAAGGAAGGGCCACCAGACGAAUUUUUUGGAAAGAGGAGGGAUUCUUCACAUCUAGGGGAGUAGUGCGGGAACCAGAUUGGAUUAAAGGUUUGGGAGGUGGUGUGCGAUGAGAGAUGUUACAGGGUUUGAGGUUUCUGAAAGUUUUAUCAGUAAACUCCACUUUAGCAUUUCAAAGGGCUUGCCUCAUGCAGAACCAGUCUCAACUUUCAGGACAAAUGAAUAUGAACUGGUACAAGGUGUCCUACAGAUGCUCCAAGGAUUCUGUAGUUCGUUAUUUUUCUGGGACAUAGAUAGGCAGAGAUUUUGUGCAAAAGAUGGGAUAUACGCAUCUCACCUGUCGCAGACAAGUCUUAGAGGCGUUUUAAAUCAGUUUUUAUUUGCUGGAACAUGCUUGAAGCAAGUAGAGUUAUUUGUUAAAAAGGUAGAAGCCUCACACCAAAGAGCUCCUACCCUAAAGGCCUUUUCCAACUCUGUCUCUUCAUGGCUCAAGAGGUUGCACGAUGUUGCUUUGAAGGAGGAAGUAAAGUCAAUUGGUUCAGAUAGUGGGAUGCUUACACUCCUUGGAUUGACCAGUUCCUUAUCAAGUUUUUGUUCCAAAGCAGAACAUCUGCGUCAAGUUGUUUCUGGAGCAGUUCCAAAUUCUUAUUUUGACUCUGAUACAUCUCUGCCAGCUUGUGAUACGGCAGUUCACAUUCUCGAUCAUCUUUUCCAGAAGUUGAAUGAAGUCUGUCUUGUUCAAGGUGACAAGGAGGAAGCAUACCAUAUGCUGCUAGUUUUGUUUGUGGGAAGUUUACUGCCAUAUCUUGAGGGUCUUGACUCCUGGCUUUAUGAUGGUACUCUUGAUGAUCCUUACAACGAGAUGUUCUUUUAUGCCAAUAGUGCAGUCAGCAUUGAUCAGCCAGCAUUUUGGGAGAUGAGUUACUCUGAGGUCAUGCAGAUGGAAAAAUUGAGAUCUAAUGGCCUUUUGAUUCCCUUUGAGGUUGAAUCAACCUUGCAAGUUAAAAGAGAAACAGAUGCUCAGGAACCCAUUGCCAUAUCUAGCACUCCGAGUGGGAGAAAUCCAGAUGAUAUGGAUGAUGUUGCGUGUCCUGUUUUCCUGAAGGAUAUAGCCAAGGCCAUUGUAUCUGCUGGGAAGUCCUUGCAGUUGGUUCGACAUGUUCAAGAUGAGAAUAUUUUAUUAUUUGAUAGGGAUUAUGACCACAAGCCUAAUGACUGCAAAAUACCAAAUGGAUUUAACUCUGGCGGUCAAUUUACGAACCAUCAACAUCAAGUAGGAGUUGAAUUUGAUGUUUUUAGCAUACCAGAAUCCAACAAUGGAAUUGCCUGCUGUGACUAUUCUCAUAAAGAGUCUAUUGUUCAUCUUCCUCAGAGAAAUCAUGCCCAUGAAAUGGGAGAUUUAACCUUGUCUGAGGUUUUCUUGGUAUCCUUGGCAGGUUUAGUAGGGGAUGGUGAUCAUAUUUAUGAGUACUUGAGGGUGUCUUCACCUGAUAUUGCUUGGAUGUGCCAGGCUUGCCAGGAAAAACAGGUCAGAGAUGGAAUUGCAGAAAAGCUACCGACAUCGUUGAGUCGUGAGACAAUUUGGUUUAAGUUUUUGGCUGAUGCAAUCUUAGAGAAGAGACAUAAGGACAACAGAAAAGAAAUCUUUUCUGAGUGGACAAUUAGAGAUUCAGAUUCUUCUCUUGACAUGGAAGAAAUGAAAAAUGCUGCAAAAUCUCACUUCAUGAAGAGGCAGAAUCAUGAGACUGUUAAUUUUUUUGGUGCUUCGCUUUGUUCUUUCCAUCCUAGAAAUCCUGUCAUUACUGUAUGCAGAGAGGUUCUGAAAAAGAAUAUGGCCUUGUGGAAUGAACUUAACAUAUCUAGAAGUUUUCACCUUCCUCGGUUGAAUGAUGAAGGCUUGCGAGAGGCCAUUUUUGGUGAAAAGAAUUCUGAUGCAAAGGUGAGUGAGGAUUUCUCAAGCGAAGGGGCACUUCCUUGGAUCAAUGGGACUGACUAUAUCUUUGGUUUUCAAUUUGAUGAACUUGAACACCUCCGUUUACUGGAUGACACAAAAAUUUUGGAAACCUUGUAUCCCUUUCCAACUCUUAUCCCUUGUUUCCAGGAGAAUACUUCUGUGUCAGAACUUCUUCCUUUCCAAAAGAACAGCACUCUUGCAUCAAGAGUUCUUAAAUGGAUUCAAAGUACCAAACUGAAGGAUACACCACAACCUGCAGUUAUCAUUCAGGAAUGCCUUGCUGUAUAUAUAAAAAAACAGGUGGAUCAUGUUGGUAGGCAGAUUUUGGUGAAGCUGAUGAGUGAUUGGAAAUUGAUGGAUGAACUAGGUGUAUUACGUGCUAUUUAUUUGCUAGGUUCAGGUGAUCUGUUGCAGCAGUUCAUGAUAGUAACUUUUAAUAAGCUAGAUAAGGGGGACUCCUGGGAUGAUGAUUUUGAAUUGAAUACCAUAUUACAGGAGUCCAUUAGAAAUUCUGCUGAUAGUGCACUUCUGAGUGCCCCGGAUUCUUUGGUUGCAUCAAUUACAAAACAUGGUGCUUCAGACGAUGAGGAAAAUGCAAGUGUUAAUGUCUCGACUCCACGCAAAGUCCAGAAUCAGUAUUUCGGUAUUGAUGCCCUUGAUAUGCUGAAAUUUGCAUACAAGGUUUCUUGGCCACUUGAUCUAAUUGCUAAUAUGGAGGCACUUAGAAAAUACAAUCAGGUCAUGAGCUUCCUGUUAAAGGUUAAGCGUGCAAAAUUUGUUCUUGACAAAGCUCGGAAGUGGAUGUGGAAGGGUAGAGGCAGCACAACACACAAUUACAAGCGUCACUUGUUAGUGGAGCAGAAACUCCUCCAUUUUGUUGAUGCAUUUCAUCAGUAUGUCAUGGAUCGGGUAUUCCAUAGUGCAUGGACUGAACUCUGCAGUGGCAUGGCAUCUGCGGGUUCCCUUGAUGAAGUCAUAGAAGUUCAUGAGGCCUACCUUUUGUCUAUUCAGCGCCAGUGCUUUGUGGCCCCAGACAAGCUGUGGGCGCUUAUUGCAAGUCGGAUCAAGACUAUUCUUGGCUUGGCACUUGAUUUUUACUCUAUACAGCUAACCCUGAGCAGUGGUGGAGCAGCUCCUGCAAUCAAGGCCAGAUGUGAGAUGGAAGUAGACCGGAUCGAGAAACAGUUUGAUGAUUGCAUUGCUUUUCUUUUGAGGAUCCUGUCUUUCAAGCUCAACGUGGGCCACUUUCCUCAUCUGGCAGAUUUGGUUACUCGAAUCAAUUACAAUUACUUCUACAUGUCCGAUAGUGGAAACUUGCUAACAUUACCCAACUUUGAGAAUAGUGCUAAACUGGGAAAGACUGGCUUUCAGAAAUGAGUGAAGUAACAUUAUCUGUCAGUUCUCUCUUUCUUUUUUUUUCCGUGGCUCAAGGGCAUGAUAAUUCUAAUCACUGCAAUUAAGUUGAUACACACGUACAAACUGUUUAGCAGUCCAGCAGCAAUGUACACCAUUAUUACAAUAUUCUCUGAAUUAUGGAAAAAUUUUCAAAUUA